UAUAAAUAGGGGCGGCGAGCGGCGGAGAGCUCCUGGCAGCCACCAUGAAGCGCCUCAACCUGCUGUGCUGCUGCGUGGCCUCGCUCCUGCUCCUCGGCACGGCAGAUGAAGAUGUCGGCCAUGACACCCAACGCCCCUUGUCUGCUGCACAGCCCUAUGUGGAAGAGAUGGCCGCCAAUGGCAGCCCCAAGGAGGAGGAUAAUGGUGGAGCUGCCAACACCUCUGUGCUCAGAACCAAAGAGGGAGGCGGUGAGAGGGUUGAAGAGCUGAAGGGAGGCCUGAGCGAGGCUGCAGGGCAGGGCCAGGAGGGGCCUGAUGGGUUAUCAGGGAAGGACGCGACGUUGGGUGGCCCCGGAGAAGAGGGAGAGGCCGGCCCAGAGCCUGGAACACAACAUGGCAGCCAGGAGGAAGAGGAGGAGGAGGAGGCCAACACCAAGGAAGUGGCCUCAGAGGGAAAGGAGCCAACAGUGUCUGCUCCUGAGGGAGGAGAGGAAGAGGAUGAGCAGAGCUCAGAGGAAGAUGAUGAGCAGGGGGAAUCUGAGGAAGAUGAAGGCGAAGCAGAGUCAGAGGAGGAGGGAAAGUCUGCAGAGGAGGGAGAGUCUGAGGAGGAUGGUGCCAGCCCAGAGGGGUUGGAGGAUGGAGCUGAAGGGACUGACACAGAAGAGACUUCAGGGGAAAACGACCAUGGCAAGGCAGCAGCCGGCCAUGAGGGAGAGCAGAGGAAUGGCCUUGCCAGCUGCCAUCACCCACCCUGUGGGGACGUGGAGCCUGGCUCUGGCAGCAGCAGCCCAGCAGCAGCAGAAGACCCAUCUACAGCAGUGGAAGAAGCAGCAGCAACAGAAGACCCACCAACAGCUGUCAAAAUCCCACCAGCAGCCCUGGAGAACCCUCCAACAGCAGAAGACCCUCCAACAGCAGAAGACCCACCGGCAGCAGUGGGAGACCCCCUGGCAGACAAGGCGCCAUUAGCAGAAAUGGAGAGCCCAGCCAGCCCCAGUGCCCACCCCGCUGCCGCUGAGCCCCGGCGCAGCCAGAUAGAAGAGGUUGAGGAUGCCAGCGAGCCCACCAAGCGCGACCGGUCCCACUUGGAGAACACCCUCAAGCUGAACGAAGACAAACCUGCAGAUGACUUCUCAGGAGUACUGCAGCGGCUGAGGAAGAUCUACCACUCCUCUAUCAAGCCCCUGGAGCAGUCCUACAGAUACAAUGAGCUGAGGCAGCAUGAGAUCACAGCUUACCCCGGACGCACCCUGGGCUCCUCUGCCACAGAUGGGGAGAUCACUUCCAAGCCGAUGGUGCUAUUCCUGGGACCGUGGAGCGUUGGCAAAUCCUCCAUGAUAAACUACCUCCUCGGGCUGGACGACACUCCCUACCAGCUCUACACAGGGGCAGAACCCACCACCUCUGAAUUCACCGUCAUCAUGCACGGCCCCAAGCUGAAGACCAUUGAGGGCAUCGUGAUGGCUGCUGACAGUGCACGCUCCUUCUCGCCCCUGGAGAAGUUUGGGCAGAACUUCUUGGAGAAGCUGAUUGGAAUAGAGGUGCCCCACAAGCUCCUGGAGCGAGUCACCUUUGUGGAUACACCAGGCAUCAUUGAAAACCGCAAGCAGCAAGAACGAGGUUACCCGUUCAACGACGUUUGCCAGUGGUUCAUUGACAGAGCUGAUCUCAUCUUUGUCGUCUUUGACCCUACGAAGCUGGACGUGGGCCUGGAGCUGGAGAUGCUGUUUCGCCAGCUGAAGGGCCGCGAGUCUCAGAUCCGAAUCAUCCUGAACAAAGCCGACAGCCUGGCUACCCAGGAGCUUAUGAGGGUCUACGGGGCCUUGUUCUGGAGCCUGGCUCCUCUGAUCAAUGUCACGGAGCCUCCCAGGGUGUAUGUCAGCUCCUUCUGGCCCCACGAGUACCACCCAGAUACCCACAAAGACCUGUUCCUCAAAGAAGAGAUAUCGCUCCUGGAAGAUCUCAACCAGGUGAUUGAGAACAGGAUGGAAAAUAAGAUUGCCUUCAUACGCCAGCAUGCCAUCCGGGUGCGCAUCCACGCCCUGUUGGUCGAUCGCUAUCUGCAGACCUACAAGGACAAAAUGACCUUCUUUAGCGAUGGAGAACUGGUGUUCAGAGACAUUGUGGAAGAUCCUGACAAGUUCUUUAUUUUUAAGUCCAUUCUGGCGAAGACCAAUGUCAGCAAAUUUGACCUCCCCAACCGUGAGGCUUACAAGGACUUCUUUGGCAUCAACCCCAUCACUGGUUUUAAGCUGCUGUCUCAGCAGUGUUCCUACAUGGGAGGGUGCUACUUAGAGAAGAUUGAGAAGGCCAUCACUCGUGAGCUUCCCGAUCUGCUGGGAAGCAUUGGCUUGGGGAAGAAGCCCAACGUUCUCUCCUGCGACAUCACCGGCUGUGGCGAAACCCCAAAGAAUCGCUACAAGAAACCAUAAGGUGUUCUGUACCAUGACCAUCCUCAUGUUCCUACCGGUGAAUGAGCUUAUGUCUUAUCUGUCCAAGAAGCCAUGGUUUGUUAACCCUUUGAGUGCCACACUGGCAAAGACUAGUGUACGAUGAGGACUUUGAGUCAUUGACAUCAAUGGCAGGGGAAGAUGGGUGGGCAUAAGAAAGAGAAUAAAAACUGUGAAUUCCUGACAUUUUAUCUUUGUUCUUUUGCGUAGAAGGCAAUGUUUAGGCUGUAAGUAUGAGAAAUGUGUGGUGAGAUAGAACUGUAGAUGCUUCUUCACUGAUGCCGAGAUGGGCGAACAGGAGUUUCAACCUCUGCAGAUGUGAAGCUGGCAGGGAGCAAGAAUGAGGGCACGACGUGAGAGCACAGCGGUGACACAGAAACCUGGGGCACCAGCAGGAGCCCUGGGGCACAGCACAAACAUCCUGCAAAUCCCUGCAAAUAUUGACCCUGGUUUUCCUUCCAAGACUUCUAGGUUGCCUGGUGGAAUUCUCCUUUCAUGUAGCAGCUGAGCUUAACUUGAUUCUGCAGCCUUCACCUGGAUGUGAGCCAUACGAAGGGAUUCAGUCCCCCCGCUGGGUGUUUGCAGGGGCAUUUGUGUCUCCAGACGUGUUGUCGUGAUGAGAUUUGCAAGUCCAUGUCACAGCAAGAAGUGGUCUGGAAAGGAGCUGCUGGAAACAGCCCAGUUGUGCUGGGGGAACAGGGACGGCACCCCAAAUCACAGCGACCUGCAGGGCUGUGAGCAAGCUCUUCCUUCCCCGGGUCAGCACAGAGAUGAGGCACUAGUGCCUGCUCCUGCCAUUGACCUCAAAAAUCCUUACUGGCAAGCAAAGCCUGAGUGUCAGCAGGCCUUUUUCAGUCCAUGUUGAACGUUUUCUCUGAGUCAAAGCCCCAUGUUUUUGUGCUCUGUGAAGGGAAACAAGAAUGGAGGAUCACCAGCCGUGUUCUUUUCCCCCUCUGCUGACCUGUUCUCCCCAGGACAAUCCAGGCAGGUUUCUGUGGCUUCUUCUCCAGACUUCACCCACGUUAGCUGUAAUUUUCUUGGCUCAUCUCUGUGCAUCGACACUCAGUCCCAGCAGCCAUGGGAGAGUGAGCACUGCUUCAAGAAGGUGAUGUUCCCCUGGGAGCUGACCUGGAAACCCAGCAGUGAAGGCUGGGAGAUUAUGGUUGGCGCUGAGCACAGUGCAAGCCACCAAGAGGCAGGGUGAAUGGAGAAUGGUGCCUUUGAGCACUCCAGCAAUCUGCCAAUGGACAACCACUAAUGCUGCUCUCCAGGAAAGCUCUGGUGCUGAAGGACUUACCUUUGUUAGGAACAAGAAGACAUGAAGGUGCCAGGUGAGGCAAGAAAAAGGCGAAGGCUGUGAACGAGGGAAAGAGAAUGAAGGACAUGGAAGGCUCUGUUGUGAUGAGAAGGGUGUGAAGGGCAGCACCCCUUGUCUUCCCUUGCCCCAUGGGAUGUAGGUGAAGAGAAGAUCCGUGGGGCUCCAUGUCCCUGGGCACUGGGGCUGGGUGCUGUCAGGAGGUCCCUUGAGCCGUGGUGGGCUUGUGGGACUGCACCCAGGGACUUCCCAUGCUCCCUGCCUCUGCGUGGUGGUGGGACUGGAGCUGGACUGGUUACGACGAGACAUCUCCACAUCCAGGCAUGGGAAGGGGCAUGUCUCAUGGGAGGGGACUGCGGGUAAUGAGUGAAGGCAAGGAGAGGUGUUGGAGAACGCAGCCAGGAUAGCCUGGAGAGAAGUGAUGCACUCAUGAGUCAGUGCUGCGAGAUCUCAAACCUGCCCAGAGCUGCUGCCUCCCUUCACUCUGUUCCUUUUUCCUUCUUUUACAUGAUCCCAUUGCUCAUCAUUGUCCCUCUCUGUCUCACCCACUCUUUCUCGCCUCUCACUGUCCUCGGCCAGGCAAAUUUGCAUGGUUUUCUUAGGAGUUAAUGGAGUAGAAACACUGACAGAAAUGUGCUGAUGUUGUUGCUGUUCCUGCUGUCACACUGUGUGUCGUUGUCACGGUAAGCAAUGCGCAGAGAAGCAAACUUUCUAUUUGCAAGUGCUGCAUUGUGCCAUCUCUUUCUCUGCGAUCUUUGUCGCUCCAGAUCUGGUGGGUUCAGUCUGGGGUGCCUCAGGCCCCAUAAGGAGCCCAAUCUCUCCCUAUGGCCUUGGGCCCAAAGGCAGCAUUACUCUGCUCUCAGGAUGCUCCUGUCCUUCUUCCAGACCCUUUCCUUUUGCUCCAGCUUGUCUUCAGUGCUCAUUGCCUUCUCUCCUAUUUACACUCCUCUCUGCACCAUGCGCACACCCUGUGCACCCCCUGAGCAUGAAGGUCCCAGAUGGGGCUCCUCCAUGAUGGCCAAUGUCCCUCCCCAGUAGGGAACAUAGGGGUUCCCAUGUAAUGCCCCACACAGCACUCCACGUGAGAGCGAUGGCAGCAGUGCCCAAUGCCAGAGACAGCCUUGGCCCUGUGCUGGAGGGGCAGGUGACACUGAGCCGGUCCCAGCUGUGGGAUCAGUCAGCCCAGCCCCUCUCAGCUGUGUUAAGGGAGCUCUGGGAGCUGUGGGAAGGGGAGUAUGGAGACCUUGGUGUUUUGCUUAGAAAUCCCAAGCUCUAUGUCCCCAGUACCAGGGCUGCAGGCAUCUAUCCUGAGAGGGUGCUGGGCAGAUGCUGUCGGGAGUGGCAUAGCUGGGGUACAGGCCUGUGUAGAUGCCCAGAUCAUGUGCGUUUGGAUGAAACUGUCAGUUUGAACAUCAGCCUGUCUAAUAAAUCGUGAUCUUUUCCAAACUCA